AUUUGUAUUAUAUUUUAGUGUCAUCACUAAACUCAUAAGCACACAUUCAAAAAUUCACAUUCAGAUUUCAUUAUGGACAACUUCGGAAUACCCACCGAGAUCAACGUUAGUGUUAUGAACGCGAUCGUUGAACUACAGAACACAGCACCUGAUGGUUUGGUGUACGAAAAGAAGAUCUGCGAUCAUGUGGUGUAUGACAGAAGUGAUAAAGAUUUGCUUGUUAGGCAGUCUCUAUAUAAUUUAACUUUUUUGGAAGUAUUGGUGCGAUGUGGAUCGUCGUUUGCCUUGCGACAAAAUCUACAAUUUCCAUCGGGAGCGAGUGCAAUACCAUGGAUCGUGCCUCGAAAUCAAAAUGUGAAUCUUAAACGUGCCGCUGAAAUGGAAGCUAAAUCAGCAGCUAAAAAGAAAAAAUAUGCCGCAAAAAUAGAUUCGUAUUUUACCAAAUAUUUUGAAAUCUACAAAAACAUGAAAGCCAACGAAAUUUCUGAAAACCCUGAAAUAAAUACAGGACCCGAGGAUACAACCAAUAUGUUGCCACCUAAUGCUCUUCUUGAGGAGCAAGUUUUGAGAAAUGUGAAAUCAAAGGUUAAAUACACAAAUCACAAAAAGAAACGAAAUUUUGAAGAUAAAAAGAAAAUAAAAAGAAUAGAUUCGCGUUUUGCCUACUAUUUUGAAAAAUAUAAGAACAUCAAAACUAUAAAUAAUCCAGAGAAUUCCGAAGAAAAUGUGGAAUCAAAGCGUAAAAUUACAAUGGCUAAAGAAAUAGGACAUUUUAAAGCCAUGAAAAAAAGUUAUUCCUGUCCAAAACUAAAUUUUUUGUUUGCUUUGAAAAAUAUUGGAGAUAAUCCAAACGUGUAUGUAUCAAAACGUGGAUCGAUAUUAGGAUCACUUGGACUGAAAAAAGCAAACAAUAUUAUGUCAAUAAAUGCCCCUAAGGAUCAAGAGUACUUCAGUCGUUGGCAAUUUACAGAUCCAUUAGUUAUUUAAUACAUUUUCGACUGUUUUUAUUUGCUUGAAUGCAUUUUAAUAAAUUCUAAUUUAAGUGAA